GCUUUUUAUAUAGGAUUUUAAAUACGCUUGAUCUGAUGCACGUCGGGCUCCCUGCUGCUGUUUUUUGUUAUUGUGAGGAGAAAGUAGAGAAAAGCAGUCGCACAGCUUGAAGGCGUCGGCAGGGGAACAGGGAAAAACAGGAGGUCCUCCACCCACAGUCAAAGAAAGCCAUCCUCGGUAGCCUCCACCUUACUGUGGCCUGCCUUGCGUGGGAUGCUGCUGGAGAGUGGGAGAACUGAAGUGUUGAUGCCACCAGUAAGAGGUGUGGCAUAGUCAAUCAUGGGGGAUUCAAUAUUCAACUGCUGUUAUGUCCCACCCCAUCCCCCAGGAGAGGGGGAACCCGUCGUGUCGAGACGCGCGAACAUCAUGGCCUCCAAUUCAACCAGCAUCUCCUCCGACAAGCGCUUCCUCAUCUUCUUUGACUUCGAUGAGACCAUUGUGGAUGAAACCAGCGACGACUUGGUGGUGCAGGCCGCUCCGGGGCAGCACCUCCCGGACUGGCUGAAGGACACCUACCAGCCCGGCCGGUACAACGAGUACAUGCAACGUGUGCUGGCCUACCUGGCGGAGCAGGGCGUUACUGAAAGCGACAUCCGGAGCAUCAUGGAGAAGAUACCGGCCACGCCCGGCAUGACCACCCUCUUCCAGUACAUCCGCACCCGACCGAUCACGGACUUUGAAGUGGUGCUGCUGUCCGACUCCAACACCUUCUUCAUCGAGUCCUGGCUCCGGCGCGCCGGUGCCCGCCAGCUCUUCCACCGGAUCUUCACCAACCCGGCCACCUUCAACAAGGACGGCCGGCUGGUGCUGCGGCCUUUUCACUCCCACGACUGCCUGCGGUGUCCGAGCAACAUGUGCAAGCAGGUGGUUGUCAGGGACUAUGUGGCCCGCAGGACGCAGGAGCGGGGCCGCCCAUACCAGAGGGUCUUCUAUGUUGGGGACGGAGCCAACGACUUCUGUCCAGCGCUCGCACUCGGGCCCCGGGACGUGGCUUUCCCACGGCGGGACUUCCCCAUGCACCGGCUGAUCACGGAGACCCAUGAGGCCAUGCCCGGGGAGUUCAAGGCAGUCACGGUGCCGUGGAGCAGUGCGGAGGAGGUGGUGCAGAGGCUGAGGAAGCUGGUGACUGAAUAAAGGGUCACACACACAAGGGACAGAGAGGGGAGAAAGUGAUAAUUAAGGGGCCAAUUGACACUUUUAAUCAUAUUCUCAGGUAAUAAAGUUCCAGAAAGUUUUUAAGGCGAUAAAAAAAAACUUGGGUGUACACUGUAAAAA